AUGGCUGCUUAUACAAUUACCACUUCAGUUAUCGUGUUUCUUUACAUAAUCUCUGCCUCUCAAGCUGCGCGUAACUUGAACUCAUUCACGGCACAGGAUGAGUCAUCAUCGUCUAUGGUUAACGCGGUUGGCCUAUGUAGCUUAAUGAUCGAGACAGAAGGCUACACUUGUGAACAACACACGGUGACGACGAAGGAUGGUUACAUACUGAGUAUGCAACGAAUUCCAGCAAGUCGAGAUGGUACAAAGGCUGACAAGCCUCCAGUUUUGUUACAACACGGGGUUCUUAUGGAUGGCGGGACGUGGUUAUUGAACUCUCCUGAUGAAUCUCUUGGGUUUGUGUUGGCAGAUAAUGGUUAUGAUGUGUGGAUAGCCAACACUCGUGGAACUAAUUUUAGUCGUGGCCAUACGUCACUUAGUCCUAGUGAUCCGGCCUAUUGGGAAUGGUCAUGGGAUGAAUUAGUAGAGUUUGAUCUUCCGGCAACAAUCCAGUUUGUGCACGAUCAAACUGGCCAAAAUCUACAUUAUGUUGGUCAUUCCUUGGGAACUUUGAUUGCGUUUUCUGCAUUUUCAAAAGACCAGACAUUGAAUAUGUUGAGAUCAGCGGUGUUGCUUAGCCCCAUAGCCUAUUUAGGUCAAGUGUCGUCAACUCUUGCUCAAGCUGGCGCUGAUGCUUUCCUAGGCGAGGCGUUAUAUUGGUUAGGCCUCCAUGAAUUCGCUCCAAGAGGGCAAGCUGUUGUUGAUCUUCUGAGUGCUAUUUGCAAGAUGCCUGGCAACGAUUGCAGCAACUUGAUGACAUCCUUUACGGGGCAGAACUGCUGUGUUAACUCUUCCAUGACGGAUAAGUUUCUUGAACAUGAACCGCAGUCUACUUCAACUAAGAACAUGGUCCAUCUUGCUCAAAUGAUCCGUAGAGGGACUAUUACAAUGUAUGACUAUGGCAACACUGAUGAUAACCAAAAGCAUUACGGGCAAUCUACACCUCCAGUUUAUGACAUGGGAGGCAUACCCAAAGACUUUCCAAUGUACUUGAGCUAUGGAGGGGCGGACGCCCUCUCAGAUGUUGAAGAUGUCAAAACGCUGCUUGAAAACGUCAAGGAUCACGACCCGGAUAAGCUAGUCGUACAGUACGAGGAAGAUUAUGCACAUGCUGAUUUCGUUUUCGCUGUAAAUGCUAAAGAGGUUGUCUAUGACCCUGUAAUGACAUUUUUUAAGCUCCAUUAG